AUGAGACCUUCGAACCUUGUUUUUGCGGCGGUUGGCCUGCUGUCGCCGAUUGCCACAUCCGCGCUGGAGCUCAAUGUUGACGAUCCAGCCUCUAUUAGAGAAGCUACCAAAGUUGUGGCGGCUGGUCUAAGAGAAUGGUACACUGGUGACCGGCCGGGCGAUGUACCCGGAAACUUGCCAGAUCCCUACUACUGGUGGCUAUGCGGAGCCAUGUUUAAUUCCUUCAUCGACUACUGGUACUAUACCGGCGAUGACACAUAUAAUGCUAUUACACGGCAAGCAAUGGUGCAUCAGAUUGGAAACCCUAAAGCCUUCAUGCCGGACAACCAAACCAGUACACUGGGAAAUGACGAUCAAGCUUUCUGGGGGAUGACUGCCAUGUCCGCAGCGGAGACUAAACUUCCCGACGUCGAGGGAGAGAUGUCGUGGUUGUCACUCGCCAUCGCAGUAUUCAACACGCAGGCACCACGUUGGAAUACCCAGACCUGUGGUGGUGGACUCAAUUGGCAAAUUUUCCGAUUCAACAAUGGAUUCGACUACAAAAACACUAUCUCAAAUGGAGCGUUUUUCAACAUUGCAGCAAGAUUAGCAAAGUACACAGGCAACGCGACAUAUGUCGAGUGGGCGGAGCGAGCAUGGGACUGGCAAUAUUCUGUCGGUCUCAUUAGCCCGGAUUACCACUUCUUCGACGGAACCAGCGAGAGGCAGAACUGCACAGAGAAGAACCAUAUCCAAUGGACAUACAACGCUGGAAUCCACAUGUCUGGUGUUGCAGCGUUGUGGAACAUGUCAGAAACGAACGGUGAUGCGGAAGCAGCGGGCAGGUGGCGAGAGCGCCUGGGUGGCAUCAUUAAUGGAACAGACAUCUUCUUCAACGCCGAAGGCGCCCCAGGUGUCAUGAUCGAAAUGGCUUGCGAGCGCAACGGACUAUGCGACCACGACCAACGCUCAUUCAAGGCCUACCUCAGCCGAUGGAUGGGCUACACGAUGCUGAGCGCUCCCUGGACCCGCGACAGGAUCAUGCCAAAACUCCGCACCUCCGCCGCAGCCGCCGCUCAACAAUGCAGUGCCGGAAAAGGUGGAUGCGGCCUCAGGUGGUGGCGAGGCGGUGUGAAUGAUGGAGAAGUGGGCGUUGGAGAGCAAAUGUCUGCAUUGGAAGUCAUGCAGAACUUACUUGUUGAUCAAGUCUCUGGGCCCGUAGGACUGGAUACUGGUGGAAUCAGUGAGAAUGACCCUACCGCGGGAAGUGACGGGGGAAAUGUGCAGAUUGAGCAUGACGCCAUCACGACGGGGGAUAAAGCUGGCGCGGCAAUUCUUACUAUAGUAGUAUUUGCUGUGUUUUUGGGUGGAGGUGGUUGGCUUAUCAUGAGCGACUUCAACUUCACGACAAGAUAUAAGUCUACUGUUAUAGCUGUCGCCUACAGAAAAUCAUCGGAUACCUCCCUGAAGCCUACAAUCCCGAUUCUUGCCAUCGCCGAAGAGAUAACAGAAAUGACGUCAACCAAAUCCUUCAGCUCCACGCCAGCAGGUGCGCAACAGCAACCCACACCCUUCGACUUGCACGUCGAAGAACAGAAGCUGCAGGAAUUCAAGACUCUGCUCAAACUGAGUCCAGUCGCAAAAGACACGUACGAGAACAAGCAAGAUGAGGGAAGCCAUGGCAAGUUUGGAGUCAGCCGGCAGUGGAUCGUUGAUACAAAGAAGGAAUGGGCUGAGAAGUUCGAUUGGCGCAAGGAAGAGGACCGGAUCAACUCAUUCCCCAACUUCAAGACUACGAUCAAGGACGAUGACAGCGGCAGCUACCACGUCCAUUUUGUGGCAUUGUUCUCGAACAAAUCAGAUGCUAUCCCUAUAGCGUUCUUUCAUGGCUGGCCAGGUUCAUUUCUGGAGUUUCUGCCUCUUAUGGAUCUCUUGCGCAAGAAGUACACGCCAGAUACUCUCCCUUACCAUAUCAUUGCGCCGUCUCUUCCUGGCUUUGGCUUGUCAUCCGACCCUCCUUUACAAAAAGAUUGGAAAGUUGCGGACACUUCCCGCAUCAUGCACAAGCUUCUUAUUUCCCUUGGAUUUGGGCCAUCAGGAUACCUCGUCCAGGGCGGUGAUAUUGGCAGUCUCAUUUCGCGAGAGAUAGCAGCCACGUACAUCGAAUGCAAAGGCAUGCAUCUCAACUUCAUGCACAGCAGGAAUAUUCAAUCUUAUUCUUCGCCGGAAGACAAUAUUAGUGAAGCGGAGAAGAAAGGUAUCCAGAGGAUGACCGAGUUUAUGGAAGUCGGCCGGGCCUAUGCAAUCGAACAUGGCACCAAACCCUCCACCAUCGGUCUUGUACUUUCCAGUUCGCCCAUUGCACAAUUAGCCUGGAUUGGCGAGAAGUUCCUUGCGUGGUCUGAUCCUUCCACUACACCUUCACUCAACACCAUUUUGUCUGAUAUCACCCUCUACUGGCUUACUGGUUGCUACCCUACGUCAAUAUACACAUACAGAGAGGCUAAGGAAACAAAAUAUGUGGACAAGCCGACGGGGUACAGCUGGUUCCCUUUUGAACUGGCGCCUAUCCCCAAAGCUUGGGCAGAGAAGACGGCUAAGAUUGCCUUUUUCAGGGCGCACGAGAGUGGUGGGCACUUCGCGGCGUUGGAGAGGCCUGAGACGCUUUGGGCGGAUGUCGAGGAGUGGGUCAAGGCUGCUUGGAGAUGA